AUGGCUUUGGCAGAAUCCUUCCUCCAGGGUUUCUCGACCCUGCAUAACUCAAUAGGGUAUAAAAAAGGAUACAAUUUUAUUCUUUGGUUCAUAUUUGCCGGUGCCCUUCUCGGCUUCACGCUUGCCCGUUUCUCGUUCCUGAAUUUUGAUAUCUUCGAGCAUGACUCUGUUCCCGGUCAAUGGUAUUUCACGCGCAUGGGCCGUGAUCGAGUUGGCCUCCUCCUUCAUUUAGCCGCUGUGCUACCAUGUGGCAUUCUUGUCAUCUUCCAGUUUAUUCCAAUAAUUCGACACAAGUGGAUACUAAUCCACCGUAUCAAUGGCUACAUCAUCUUCAUCCUGCUCUUAAUUUCGCAUGCUGGCGCCCUUAUGAUUAUGGAACACUCCUUUGGCGGUGGUGUCGACAUUCAGUCCGCGGUCAUUACUGUUGUCAUAGCCUGUACGGUUUCUUUUUGCCUGGCACUCUACAAUAUUCGUUGCAAGCAACUCGAACAGCAUCGUGCUUGGAUGCUUCGCACUAUGUUUUACAUGGGCUGUAUCAUCACCAUUCGAAUCUGCCUCAUUAUCUCAGCUUCUAUUCUCGGUGCCCUCCCACACCUGCGCCAUGACGUAUGGUCGUGCGACCAAGUACAGUUCACCUUCAUGAAUGGUGCUUCCGAUGCCGUUGCUGCCUCCGCCAAGUUAGCAAAACUCUUCCCACAGUGCACCGCACCAGAUUCCGCAAGCAUUAUGGUUCCAGUCCCUGCUUCCCUUAACUUGAGUAACCCGGCCUCGGCCGGGGCUGCCUUCAACCUCAGCUUUGGCACAGCAAUUUGGAUAUCAUUUAUGCUCCACGCCCUAGGUGUUGAAAUAUACCUCCGCCUCACCCCCAAAGAAGCAGAGCGCCUUCGCCAAAUCAGCUAUGAGCGUCAACUGGCGGCUGGUUUCAAAAACCCAGGCAGUGCAGGGCUUGUUGUAGAAAAGCUAGGAGAUGCCGAUCCAUGGAAAGGCCCUGUCUAA